AUGGCGGUGCCCGACAUGCACGCCCCCGCCCCUGCGGCGGACUCUGCGGCGGACUCGACGUCGACCUCUCCGUCGGCUCCGUCACCUGCCAUGACGGCCAAUGGGAUGGAGAGUGGGCCGAGGGACAAGCAAAAGACGAGCAAAAAAUGCAAGUCGAGGGUGCUCAUACCCGAGACUGACGAGGUCCUCAUCACGCCGAUACUGCCCAUCUGGCCGCCGCCGUACCACUUCGAGGACGACCUGCGUCGGGUGCGGCCGUACCAUUGGACGUACAACACCUACUGCAAGGAGCGGUGGCGCGGUCGCUCCCUCAUCGACAUCUUCGAGUCCGAAUUCCGUGAUCGUCCGACCGAGUACUACCGCAGCUCGAUGGAAAAGGGUGACAUUUGCGUCAACGGCAGGCGCGUCGGACCCGACUACGUCCUGCGCAACGGCGACCUCGUCUCCCACACGCUGCACCGGCACGAACCGCCGGUCACGGCCGAGGCGGUGGGCAUCAUCCACGAGGACGACGACAUGAUUGUCAUCAACAAGCCGUCGGGCGUGCCCGUCCACCCCGCCGGCCGCUACAAGUUCAACUCGGUCAUCGAGAUCAUGAGGGCCGACCGCGGCCAGGACUUCCUGCCGCACCCCUGCAACCGACUCGACCGGCUGACGAGCGGCAUCAUGUUUGUGGCCAAGAACGUGACGGCGGCCGAGGCCAUGGGCCGUAAGAUCAAGCAGCGGUCGGUGCGGAAGGAGUAUCUCGCCCGCGUCGUCGGCGAGUUCCCGGACGGCGAGGUCGUCUGCGACCGACCGAUCCUGCAGAUCUCGCCCAAACUGGGCCUGAAUAGGGUGCGGGCCAACGGCAAGACGGCGCGGACGGUGUUUAAAAAGCUCGCCUACUACCCGCCGACGGCCGGGAGCGUCGCUUGUGGCCGGCAGGAGGAGAAGGAGGAGGAGAAGGAAGAGGAGAAGGAGGAGGAGGAGGAGGCGGCGGCGGCGGCGGCGGCGGAGGGAACGCAACAGAAUGCGUGGCCCAAGAGGCAAGGCUACUCCAUCGUCCGCUGCCUGCCCGUCACGGGGCGGACGCACCAGAUCCGCGUGCACCUACAGUUCCUCGGACACCCGAUCCAGAACGACCCCAUCUACGCCAACCAGCGGGUCUGGGGCCUCAACCUCGGGCACGAAGACGCCGACGGGACGGAGAACACGGACGAGGACGUCAUCAGCAGGCUGUCGCGCAUGGGCAAGGACGAGGUCGCCCAGGCCGUCGUCUACUACGACGAGAUGGUGGACAAGUACGAGAAGCGGAGGGCGGAGAAGAUGACGGGCGAGCUGUGCGAGCUGUGCGACACCCCGCUCUACUCGGACCCGGGCGCGCACGAGCUGUCACUGUGGCUGCACAGCCUGCGGUACGAGGAUGCCGAGGGCGCAUGGUCGUACCAGAGCCCGCUCCCCCGCUGGGCCCUGCCGCCGGAAGGGGUCGCAGGCCCGACCACGGUCGGCGCCUUGGACGAGCUCGUGCAGGCCAUCGAGGAGGACAAGGCCGAGGCGACGUCGGCGUGA